AUGUCAUCGAGUUUCCAAGGAGAAUCCAGAGGCAAAGAAAAAAAAGCAGAAUGGCGAUUGUUCCAAGCCAAGGACUUUCAAUCCUUGAUGUACCCUUGCUUCGCUUUGUGUCGUAUCUUAGGAAUAUUUCCGUAUAAAAUCAAUGCUACGAGUUUUGAAAUUUCAAAACCAUACCUCAUUCUGUUGAUCGUUAUUGUCUGCCCUUGUAGCAUUUGGUCAUUGAUAACAUUGCACAAUUCUUCCAUUCUUGAAAAAAUUGAUAUGUUGUAUAUACCUCAGACUCUUGUGCAUAUCUGUUUUUUAGUGCUUGGCAAUUUCAUAAUAAUUGUCACGUUUAUUCUAACAGUUCCACGAAUGCGCUUGCUUCAGACUAUACUGAAGAUCUCUUCAAGAUUGCCCUCAGAAUCAUAUGAUAAAUUAUCUAAACUGAUCCACACUAAGGACAUCAUCGGUUUCUUUUAUUCAAUUGGAAUCGCACUAAUGCUCAUAUUCUUACUGCCAAUGAAUCGCUUAUUUGAAUUGUACAUCAUGGCAGUGAUAUUCCAAAUGAAUAUGCUGUACGUAAAUUGUGUUUGUGUAUUAAAAGCAUGUUUUACAAGAAUGAACGACAAUUUGAUGAGCAUUAGAAGAUUCAUUGCAAAUAAUGAGCCAAGCGUCCCUAGAAUAAACUAUCACAAUCACAGAAAUAUGUUUCUGAUCAUGGAACUCAAGGCUUUAAAGAAGCAACAUUUGACGACCAGUGAUACAGUACGGAUGUUAAACGUAAUCUUCAGUUUACAGCUUCUUGCUACAGUAGUCAUAAUCUUUUCUACCGUCACUAUCUGUUUAUACUACUACAUACUAUCAUCGAAAAGUAUUUUUGUGAACAUGAAUUUUUUUGAGAUGGUAUUGUCUCAUGUAUAUUUCCUACUAUACAUGGCAUACUUUUUUAUAAAAAUUCUAUUGAUAGUAUGGGCCUGCGAAACGGGGAAACAUCAAGCUCAACAAAUCAGUACUUCCAUUCAUGAUGUAUUUAACAUUACCACUGAUGAGAAAAUCAAAGAUGAGUUACAAAUAUUUUCUUUACAAGUACUUCAUUGCGAUAAUACAUUUUCCGCAAAAGGUUUUACUAUAGACGCGAAGCUUCUCGCUGCGGUGAGUGAUGUAUCGUACGCUUUUGUUAAUUAA